AUGGCGCAGGCCGAGCGGCGCUCGGCCCUGGCGGUGCUUUGCGUCGUUUCCUUCAUCGAAUCCUCGGUCUUUCCGAUUCCCCCCGACGUGCUGCUGAUCCCGAUGAUCCUGGCGGCGCGGGACAAGGCCUGGCUGAUCGCCGGCGCCUGCACCCUGGCCUCGGUGCUCGGCGGCAUGCUGGGCUACGCCAUCGGCUACUUCUUCUACGCCGGCGUGGGCGAGCCGGUGCUGGCCUUCUACGGCUAUCUCGAGCGCUUCGAGGCCUUCGCCGAGGCCUACAACGCCUGGGGCGCCUGGAUCGUCGCCGGGGCCGGCUUCACGCCCUUCCCCUACAAGGUGAUCACCAUCGCCAGCGGCGUCACCCAGCUCGACCUCGGCACCUUCACCCUUGCCUCGGUGGUGUCGCGCGGCGGGCGCUUCUUCCUGGCCGCCGCGCUGCUCUGGUGGUUCGGCCAGCCGAUCCGCCGCUUCAUCGAGACCCACCUGCCGCUGCUCGCCUGGCUGUUCUUCGCCUUGCUGCUCGGCGGCUUCCUCGCCCUGCGCUUCCUGGCCUGA